AUGAACAACGUUGACUACCGCGCUGUCAACAAGUGUCCCCAACUGAAAGUGCUCCUACCGCCAUCCAUAUACGGACAUGGUGUGAACGAUGUUGAACCUUCCUUUGCCCCUGUUACAAGGUGGGCAAUGGAGGUCAAGAGGGAAAACAAUGGGGACAAUGACGAUAACGGUGACAAUGGGGACAAAGAUUAUAACGAUGACAAUGGGGACAAAGAUUAUAACGAUGACAAUGGGGACAAUGAUUAUAACGAUGACAAUGGGGACAAUGAUGAUAACGAUGACAAUGGGGACAAAGAUUAUAACGAUGACAAUGGGGACAAUGAUUAUAACGAUGACAAUGGGGACAAUGAUGAUAACGAUGACAAUGGGGACAAUGAUGAUAACGAUGACAAUGGGGACAAAGAUUAUAACGAUGACAAUGGGGACAAUGGUUAUAACGAUGACAAUGGGGACUGA